CAACCGCUGCUGUGUCCUUUGGUGUUUGUCUUUCGCUGCUGUAACUGUCGCCUCCACGACGGCUUCCGUGCGGGCGCUGUUGGGGGGAAGCCAAAGCAGGCCGCGAGAGACCGGGGGUCAGGGUCGGGCGACACCCGGGGUCGAACUCGCACGUCGGUUGUGAGAGGACCGACGAGGCGUUGCAGUUUUAUAGUUUGCGCUCGCGCAGUUAAAGAUUAAUUUGGAGGGACAACGUUGAGCCCUUAAAGAAGAGUCUGCCUGAGCUUAAGUUGGGUUGGAGGCCUGAGGCCCGCGGGAGCGAGGUGGAUUGUGUUGCGUGGCGCUGGUUUGUCACAUCUCUCGAUCGUAAAAAAACACAACAACCCGAGUCGCAAACUCCCCCGAGUCGUCAAAUACACGAGGGCAAACUCAUUGCGAUCGGAGAUUUUUCUCAUUGACAGCAGCCACGCACUUGCCAAGUCGCCAUGGCUGACGACUGGGAUAUAGAAGCUAUGCUAGAGGCACCGUUUAUGAAGGAGGUGGGUGUUUCUGCGGUGCCAUGUUCUAACACACUGAGUGUAAACUAUUAAGGACUAGAACGUGCUGUUGAGUCAGUUCGCUGCAUGCCACCUUCAGGCAUCACUGGCUUCCUAUUGGCUGCUGUUGUCCUAACAGAGGCAGUAGAAGGCAGUGGUCCUCGUUAAUGGUUUUGUGUUUAGGGUCUAAACUUUAAAGUGCAGUUAUGUUAUUGUUAAAUGUUCUUUCAUUCCAAUAUCGAUGUUGAUUGAGAGCAACCAAAUGAAGCAAUUCACUCUUCCUAGAUGCCUAAGCCAUCCCAGAGUUACGCUAAGCGGUACAAGACUGGAAUGGUUAUUGUGCAGGAUUUGACCUGCCAUUGCCAAGGUAUGUGCCCUCAAACAAAUACUUUUGAUAUGCACAAUUGCAGUUUUCAUGCGCAUUACUUAUGAACGGAUUUAGAACUUCCCCCUGUUACACAUCUGUAUGGUAGACUUUUCGGCUUUUACAUUUGAUUUUUUUAAAAUGUCCUGAAAUGCGUGAGACGUGUAAAAGAAAGUUGUGAAUUUUGCAGGGUGCUAAUGUAAGUUCAAGAAAUAGCUGGAGGGUCUUAUCGGAACUGCAAUUCUUAAUGUGCCCCCUUUUGUUUCGGGUUUCCAGGUGAGUAGAUUGCAGAAAAUGGAAGUUUCUUUGACCUCAAGUUUGGAACAUCACUUGAAGUGUGGGUGUGUGUGUGGAAUGUGGAAUAAUUGUACGGUACCGUACGUGGCUCAUUUAGUGCUACGAUGCUCGUUAAACGACAUUUAAAUUGUGUAAUUGAAAAGCCGAAUUGCCGCGUAAAUUUUUAUUUAAAUUUCACCAGCACAUUUUUGGACAAACUGGCCCUGUUUUUUAAGUUCCCAUAAAGAUAUCGAUUUUAUUUUAACUGUCACCCUCGGGGGGGGCCAGUCCCCUGUGCAUGAUUUCGGCUCAUCGUUGUGCCCACCCGUGUCCGCUAUUGCAUUACUGUUUGUCUCGGCAGAAUGUAAGCGCGGCGGACAAGGUUGCGGCUGUGGCGGCUAGCGAUGUGCCCUUCAGCUACCUCGGCGAAGAGAAAAAGAGCUCCUCUGCCAUUCACUCUUCUGGAGAAAAAUCCAAAAAAAAGCGGAGCCGCAGCAGAAGCAGAGAGCGAAAGAGGAGCAGGAGCCGAGACAAGCGCCGUAGUCGCAGUCGCGACCGGCGCGAUGGUAAACCCGGCCGGAGUCGCGAGGGGCGAAGCCGGAGUCACGGGCGGCGGCGAAGCCGCUCCCGGAGCCGGGGCCACCGGCACGGGGGCGGCAGUGGGGACCGCGGCAAAUUCAGGAGCCCCAGUUUCUAUGGGAGGAAACCAGAGAACCCGGAGGAAACCCAUGCAAACCAAGAGAGAACAUACAAACUCCACACAGAAAGCCGCCGCAGUGGCCGCAGCAAGAGUAAAAGCCCACGGAGGAAGAGCCCCAUCAGGUCUAACACUGCUGCCGUGGGCCAUGCAGCGACCCAUGAGGACCGGCCCCCACACCCUACUAGGGCCCCCAUCGAUAACCUGACUCCCGAGGAACGCGAUGCACGCACAGUGUUCUGCAUGCAGCUGGCAGCACGAAUCCGACCCCGCGACCUUGAGGAGUUCUUCUCCGCCGUGGGCAAGGUGCGCGACGUGCGCAUGAUCUCGGAUCGGAAUUCCCGGCGCUCCAAGGGCAUCGCCUACAUCGAGUUUGUGGAAGUGGACUCGGUGUCUCUGGCCAUUGGGCUGACGGGUCAGCGUCUCCUUGGUGUGCCCAUCAUCGUCCAGGCCUCCCAGGCUGAGAAGAACAGAGCUGCUGCAGCGGCGGCUGCUGCAGCAACAAUGCAGAAGAGUACCGCCGGGCCAAUGCGUCUCUACGUGGGCUCACUACACUUCAACAUCACCGAGGACAUGCUCAAGGGCAUCUUCGAGCCCUUCGGCAAGAUCGAGAACUGCCAGCUGAUGAUGGACAGCGACACGGGCCGGUCUAGGGGCUACGGCUUUGUCACGUUUGCGGACGCGGAGUGCGCACGCAAGGCCCUGGAGCAGCUCAACGGUUUCGAGCUGGCGGGGCGACCCAUGAAGGUUGGCCACGUCACGGAGCGUUCAGACGGCUCGGGCGCCAGCUCAUUCCUCGAUAACGACGAGCUGGAGCGCACGGGCAUCGACCUGGGCAGCACAGGACGCCUGCACCUCAUGGCCAAACUGGCCGAGGGCACGGGGCUGCAGAUUCCACUGGCGGCCCAGCAAGCGCUGCAGAUGACUGGGGGCUUUGGUCUGGGCACCACAAACCCCGUGAUGCCAGUGCUGAAUAACGCUGCGCCGCCUUCCAUUGCCACACAGUGUAUCCAGCUGUCGAACAUGUUCUCUCCAGAGAGCGAACAGUCGCACACCUGGGAUCAGGACAUCCGCGAUGACGUCAUCACGGAGUGCAUGAAGCACGGUGGCCUAGUGCACAUCUUCGUUGAUAAGAACUCCCCCCAGGGUAACGUGUACGUGAAGUGUUCAUCAGUCGCGUCCGCCAUCGCCACCGUCAACGCCCUGCACGGACGGUGGUUCGCUGGGAAAAUGAUCACCGCGGCCUUUGUGCCAGUGCCAACUUACCACAACCUCUUCCCGGACUCGACCAUGGCAACUCAGCUGCUGUUUCCCGUCAGGAGCUCUCAAGGCAUUUGAGGGGGGGCAGGCAUCGAGAAAUGGCGACAACGCCCUGGAGGAGAGAGACAUUCCACACAGGGAGCCGCGUGGGGCCCCGGGGCGGUGACCUCGUUGGCUUGUACUUACAACCCUCCAAUAGCAGCUGUGGUAUUCCUGACUUUUAGAACCGAAAAUAAUAAUAAUUACAUAACAUACAGACGUAGGCCAAGUCACCAACGGUGCUUGCCUUGGUGUGAAAGUUCCACGCAAUUUGGUGUUUGAAUGGUUUAACUUUGUAGCUUUUUGAAUUAAUGUUUUUUUAAGCAUUUUCGGUAAAUAUUUCAGUGAUACCUCCUGUCAUUGGUGGCUGUUCCAGUAAUUAUCGCCAUCUGCUUUGUUUAAAAAAUAAUCUUGUAUAAAGUUGGGGGUGUGUGGCUCUGUGAGCUCUCAAGCCUUUUGUUUGCUAUGUUUUGUGUUAUUUUGUCAGGAAUCCUACACUGUAAUCGCUGGUAAUUUUUUUCAAAAUGUUUAAAGUUUGUAAAGAGAUGGUUUCAAAUAAACACAUUCUUCGAAAGUU